CCGCACCUUUGCCAGCCAUAACAAUGUUGUGUCACUCAACGUCCUAAUACUAGGAUUUUGGAUAGGGGUGUAUUAGUUAUUUCUGGAACUUAUCGGGGUGUGUAAUAUAACUUUCAACGGUCAAGAACCCUCAUUAUUAUCCAUUACACAAAGUAUACAAAACCCUGUACUAAUUUUGCCUAAUUUGCCCUUUUGUUCUUGCUGUCUGGCACACAAAAUGGAUGGUUUUAUCUCUCCUACUCAUAGUGACGAUUCUUUAGUAGAAAAUAUUAUCUCUCAAGCCCAUGAUCUCAUUGCCCUCGAGCAAAUUGUCGCCAUUUCAUCUGCUCCUUCAUUCACUCUUCCCUCUCAUCUUGAAUUAAGGUUUCAGAGGCUCAAAUCCUUCUCAAUACCAUCUCCCAAUCUCAAAACCCCACUUUCUCACUCUAAAAUUCCCAAAAAACAUCGUCCCAAUUGGUCAGACCAGAAAACAAGCCCCCCAAUUUCAUCUUCUCCUUCAAAACCAGACGUUUCUCACUCUAGGCGCAUGCCCAAUGGCGUGAAUCAAAGGAAGGAAGAACCCAAUUCUUCUCCUGAUUCAAGAACUGCGUCUUCAAACUCGAGGUCCAUGAAUUCACCAGCUCCGGCUAAAGCGAAGGCACCGAAUCGCUUAGAAAGAGAAAGGGGAAAUGGGUCUCCUUCAUUGUCUUCUUUAGGAGAUGAGAAGCUAUCACCUUCUCUGUAUUCAGAGGAUUUGUCUCCUCCUCAAAGGAAGGGUUGUUGUUUCUGGAUUUCUCCUAAGAAAGCGUCAGGAAAGGGUAAGAAAUUGGGAAAAUAUGGGGGUUUUCUAGAGAGAGAGGAUUUGGGGAAGAGAGAGAAAGAAGAUUGGGGAAAAAAUGAUGAACUUUUAUCUGAUUUUAGCACUUUCUCUCUGAGAGAACAGCGGCGUAAGUUGAAGAAGGCCAUGAAAGAGCAAGAGAAGAUAAACCAGGAGUCUGAGAAAGUGGUCCAAUGGGUUAAGCAGGCCAGCGCUCGUAUGAAUGUCUCGAUCGAUGACGACGACGAUUUACUGAGUGAUGAAGAGAAACUCAAAUGAUUGAUUCAAGAGGUUGAUCAUCAAUAUCCAAAUCAUAAUUUGCAGAAUUGUGCAGAACUCAAGAGCUCUCUCUAUACUUUUAUUUUAUUUUAUUUUUUUGCCAUAUAUAUAGUGUAAAAUAGUGGUGGCAUUUCCGGCCCGGUAGGCCUGGCCCUACCAAACUAAGGCCUCAGCCAUGGCUAAAAAAAGCCGGCCGAUUUGGGUCGGCCCAGGCUCUAUCCAAACCGUACCGCUUCCUUUUAUUUUGUUAAAUUUUUCCUGGCCCGGUCGUAAUACGCUCCCGCCUGGACCCGUUGCCAGCACUAGGGUUACAGUUUCGUAUACUUUUCCCUCUAGUUUUGCCAAUGUAAUAAUGGAAAUGUGGGUAUGCUAUUUAGUGAUUUGUACACAGAUACCAUACCAUUUAUCAACAUAAAUAAUUGAAUAACAGAUAUUAUAGAUGGAUU